UGCGAUCAGUUCACUGUGGAACGAAAUAUUAAAGUAUCAGUGUAUUUAUCGGAUGUUUUCAAACUAGUUAUGCAAGUGACGUGGACCAAUUUUUACAACUUUUAAUGUGUUCUUGAAUAAUCGGUAGUACUUUUCUAACUUUAUACAGAAAGCAGUGAAUUUAAAUAGGUGUGAAUCGUCAUAGUGCUUAUUGGAAAACAUCCAUUACUCUACACAUUUAAAUUCAGUGGAAUGCAGGUUUUAUAUCUUGGCAGUGAUAUUGCGAAAGGUACAUUCUCUGAUAUUGCUCCUCAGUGGUUAAUGACCAUGUUAAAAUCUUUAAAAGAAGAUGACCGGUGCUACUAUGUGGCCACUACGCUUGUAUCAUUAGGAGUAGUAUAUUUAGUGAAAAAGGUAUUUUCUUUUAAUAAAUCAAAAAGAGUAAAGACAACAGACUUACACAUUGAAGAAACUGCUGAUGAAAUAACGAGUAAUUUCAAAGAAGUGUCUAACAUAAGAACGGUAAGUAGAUAUACAUAUAUUAGUAUUCAAGUACGCAGGAUCUUUCAAUGAGCUGUUGAUAUCUUU